AUGCCGGGCAUGAUCACCGAGAAGGACAUCAACUGUAGUCAACCCAUACAGUCUACAAUCACCAGCUUUUUCAGACGACACGGUGAUCAUGAGGGUGAGGGUUGCCAUGUUGCCACGGACAUGGCGAGAGCGCCAGAUUGGACAAAAUUCUUUCAACAAUGGGCGAAAAACAGUGGAACACCGCCAACAGUGGGCCACGGCCCGAAUCAGCAGCCUUUUAAGCAGCAAUAUACUGCAGUACAGAAACGCAGCUACAAACGAGCUUGCCGUCGAGCUGUUCUGACAGGACAAACAUGGUACAAAGGACAAUGCAUGCGACCUUCAGAUUUUCCUUCCGGACUGGUGCAAUCAGUACAGCAGACAGAGGGGCACCGACCUAUCCCCAAUAUGAUGCUGCACUCCAACAAGCCAAAGCCAAGAAUUCGGAUACUCCAUUGGAACCCGGGUGGCAUGAGCCAAAGCACCUUUCAGGAGCUCAAGCAUUGGCUGCACCGCCAACCAGUUGAUUUGGUGAUCAUCUCAGAGACACGCUGGGGUUUUGAGGCCUGUUGGAAUGAUAAGGACUGGUCGUACGUGCACAGCCCUUCAGAACAAACCAAGUCAGGAGGGCUUCUGGUUAUGAUAGCCCAACGGUGGUGUGCCUCCGACAACAUAGGCUACACCAUGGUGCACCCUGGACGGAUUUUACACAUUCGCUUGCAUUUUGCAAAACGGGCCACAGAUGUGAUGGCGGUAUAUCAGUUCACUGACUACCGCACCCCAGACUCAGCUAGGCAUCGACGACAGAUUUGGAGUCAAUUGACAGAACACAUCAGCCGUUUGCCAAAUCGCAAUCAACUCAUCUGUGGAGGUGAUUUUAAUUGUUCCUUGCCGCGAGCUGAACCGUGGUGUGGACCAGACACUUUCAAAUGGCGUGCCCAACAAGAUCGUGGAGCCCAACACCAGGAUAUGCACAUGUUCAAGGACCUCUUGAAAUCUCAAGGACUGGUUGCACUGAAUACAUGGCACGAUGCAGGAUACACCUAUCAGCAUGGCAUGUAUGCAUCUCGCAUUGAUUUCCUGAUUACCCGAUCCAAUGCCGACAAGCACAAUUGCAGGAUACCAGCCAUUGGCAUCAACUCCAAGAGCACCUACGCGAGGACAGUUGCAGCCCAAAUGAGAUCUCCUCCUACUGCCACCCUCAUGGGCGGCCUACAGCUGUUUCUGGACCUGACAAAAGCUUUUGACCGAGUCCACAGGCAGUUGGAUCGACACAUGACCAAUAUUGGACAUUUGCUGGAUUGUAUUGAAGACUUACAACUUCAGCUCUCUUACCAGAAAUCCUAUGUCAUUUUGGCCACAACAGGGAGCAACCAACGCGGGGCUAUGAAAAGCCGUUUCAAGCGAACCAACCGCGAGACCUUUGCCUUGUUUCCACGACAUGGAACCACCGUCGAAGAGCUGCAUGGAGUGCUUUUGCUAGACUGGCUCAAUGGCUUCGACACCGACAAUUUCGGUUACAACACAGUGCCCAUUGGCGCUGGGGACGAUGAUUGCCAGCAGAUGCAGGUACGCUACAAAUGCCAGCAAUGCACCUUUGCACCCCAACCGACGAGAUUGACACAGCCCCGGUCGACCAACCAGGCCAGUGGUAGCUCACAGGCUGAGUCAUCCAACUACCAUGUCACCAUACAGCCGUUCUGGACGGAGCUCAAGGACAAGAUCCAGCGACAGGCGUGGCAGGAAGUUGCUGAGCUUCCAGAUGCAAGUCAGUACCUUACACACUCAUGUAUGGUGUGCGGCAUUUGGAACAAUCGCUGCCAAGAAAUGAAUGGCCACUACCGACUUCAUCACCCGGACCUGACGCAGGGUAUUUUUACCAAGUCAGCGCAGAUCACGAAGCUGAUGCCAAGCACUAGUCCAUGCGUGCUUUGCAAGACACCCUUCAAGCGAGGGCACAUGUGCAAAGUGGCCACUCAACUGGCGGCUCUGGCUCUGCAUUGCCUGGACCUCACCUGCAACCAGUUAUGCUGUGAUAUUUGUGCCAUGGAGUUCGAAACAACAGCCCAAUUACAUGCUCACCUCAGUUCUGACCAUGAAGUUCAAAUCCACGACUGGAACGCUGCCAGGGACUCUCUCCCGGAGAGCAAUGGAUGUAGUCACUGUGGCCAAAUAUAUGCCACACGUGCAGGACUGCGUCGUCACAUAACUGACGGGCGCUGCCCGUUCUUUGAGCCGAUGGCGUCCAACACGCCACUGAAUGCAGCAGCCAAAUGGGCCCUGAAUCUCCAGUCGGGCGCCAUUUCGACCACCGGCUUGCCAGCACAACAGAGGCUUCAGUUGACGCUACAUUGCCAGUUCUGCGGGGAGGCGUACUCAAGAAGCAAUGACUUAAGCGCGCAUCUACAACAGACGCACGCACAGCUCUGGGCUCAGUCAGGUGAAAUGGUCCGCUUCCUCUUGCAGACGUUGACUCCAUAUGUGGGCUGCCUUUGCAACCCUUCCACCCAUGAUGUGAGCCGCACCCACAUUUGUAAUGUGAUCAGACAGCUGUCCAUGAUUUUCCUGACCAGUGAGCAAGACCUCCUGAUCCCCUGGCAUUUCAGUGACGCUGACCUGCGCAUGGCCUACAGACACCUGCUGCCCAACCCACAUGUGGACAUGAUGCUCAAUGUGCUGGUGGACAGAGAUUACAGCCAUCUAUGGCAUGCUCCCACGCUGUUGCAAUUGCUCAGACAACGUUGCGUGCUUUGUGGAAUACAAUUUCAUCCAGCAGCACUGACGAUGCACCUGGUGGCACAACAUCAUGACGACAGCCAGUGGGCGGCUCAGAUCAAAUUUCAACUUGUGCAAUGCUUUCUCCGUGAACAAUCGAAUGAUUUUCAGUGUAGGUUUUGUGCAUUGAUUUUCAAUACUGAACACUCCACUGGGGAUGAGACUGCUGACCGCACUGCCAUGGUCCAAGCACAUUUUACAGCGUGCUGCCCAGUGCUUCACCAAAUUGCCUUUCUGCUCCUACCGAUCAAUGGCAGAUCAGCCCAUGAUGGAUCAAGCAGAUACGGAGCUGCUGAACUCGUUUGCGGCGCUGGGACCCCUGCUGCUGCAGGCCAGUCAGUACCACCGCUCAAACGACGACGAACCCAAUCCCAAAAAACACCGACCUGCCAUGGUGAAGCAGGAGGACGAUCAGGGCCCAACGCAGAAAGCACUACUGGGCAUGGUGAAACUCAUGGCACAGGUCAUCAUCCAGCACGACAAGGCCAUCCAGAUGCAACACAGACAGACCUGCUUCGUUUUGUUCGUCCAAACCAAUCCCGGCAGCGCUCUGGGGGUGCUGACACAACAGGCCCUAGCUUGGAAGACGCAGAAGAGCACCGACCAGGCCAAUCCAUUGACCCUGAGGACCUUCCUGUUGAGGAGCGUCAUCCUGGAGCUGCAGACGAGACUGGUGAAGCUUUCACAGAGCUCACAGGGCAAUCCAAUUUGGGACACGGCCGUCCAAGAGGGAGUGAUCCUGGCGGACGGCUCUUGGCCGUAUCAACAUUGGUGUCACAAGGAGAAGAAGCUGAUCCGAUCUCAUCGCAAACCCAUGGGGAUGGCCAGGACUCUCAAAGAAGUUCAGCUGCUCACGGAGCUGCUGCAGGAGGAGGGGCAGGUCAUGCGCUUUCACAGCCUGAAGCCGCAGACCACGGUGGUGCCUUGGAUGAUCGAGGUGAGCCUCAGAGAAACCGAAAUGUGGAACACCCUGAUGGGCAUGACGCAGUCAACGCUGUGGACGCUGGUCGGAGCCUCACUCAAACAGCACUCACAGGCGACGAGCAGACCGACCCAGAUGCUGGAGCAAUUGUUGAUGGGCCCGAAAGGCAAGGGCCAGGGGAAGGGCAAGAAGAAGAGUACUUGAGCAGACAGGCACGCAACGCUCUGCGUGCUGCCCUGACCAAUCUUGUCCUGGACAACUCCAGUCACCUUUGCUAUGCCAAUGCUGCGGUGUCUUGCUUUCUUUGGGCCAGUCUGUCGCGAUCGCACUUCAGCUACGCUGAUUGGGGAAUACCAGCCUCUUUGUUUCGUGAAAUGUUGAGUUCGCCUGAACCCUAUUCCAUAGACAGUCAGACAUGGUAUGAAGACCUCACACUUCAUUGGGAUGACAAUCAUGGUCAGGCGGACUCUGCCGAGUUCACACAAAUGCUGGUUCAAUGGGUGUCACCUGCGUUUUAUUGCAGCUAUUGGCACAGACGAUGGAUGCAGUGUGAAAAUGUGCUGAUUCAUGACCACGGAGACAGACAUCAACCACUGUUUCUGCAACUUGAGCCAACACACGUCACCAAUGGUAUGAUCCGUCUGACUGACAUGCUGAGGAGCUGGCACGGGGGGCUUGGCAUGAGUGCAGGACUGCUGCGCCCUCCAGAGGUCUUUUGUGUUCACUUGGAAAGGAUGGUGCAAACAUCCAAAGGUGCACUUUACAAGAUGCAGACCCCCAUCAUUUUCACAGGAAACAUUCAGGUACCAGUGUUCCAAGGCAACACACUGGAAUGCAGAUGGGAGGCCUACCAGGCGGUUGCGGCCUUUGCACACUAUGGUGAGUCAAAUGCUGGCCACUAUCGCGCGCUCUUGCGCACUGAGCCAGGUCAUGUUGGCCUUGAUGCUACAGCAUACUGGCUGGACUGCGAUGACUGCAGGAAGCCCAAGCCCUGCACGUAUAUCCCAGAGGGAUUCAUGGCUGGGGUCACAUGUGUUUGGCUGUGCCGCACGGAUCUCAUCGAGUUGCAUGACUGGCACCAGCCACCCAAUGCCACCACGCCAGACAACACGUUGCUGCACUUGCUGACCAGCACCACGUUUUAA